CGUACGGCGAUGGUACCAGCAUCAGUACAUUAAUGAACCAGCAUGCGACACCAUAAACGUGUGAGCAAUACGCGAUCGACUGUCGCAACGUUUUAGUGCAGAUAAUAAUUGUAUAGCAUAGUUUCGUAUUCGCACUAUUGGUUGUGUUGUGGAAUUAAUUGUUAUACUAGAAAACUGUCCUGCAUUUUAAAACGAUUUAACGAUAUGAACAGCAGCAAUGACCAAUGAGAUAGCAAAUGUAUGUUUAGCUUAUUUGCAUACAUAAUGUGAGUGUUUGUCAGUGAAAAAGAUCCACUUCCAGACCACUGAUUAAGCAGCGUUCAGCGUGAUAAAGUGAUAAGUUACAGUGUUGUUAAAAGCGGUUGCGUGUAUAAGCUACAGUGUGUGUUUUUUGACCUUACAUCACAAUGAAUCCGGCUGAGUAUGACAAGGACACAAAAAUACACGAUCUCCGGCGGGAAACCAACCCGGUCACCGGAGCGAGCUCAGUUUCGUGGUACACUUUCUGGUGGCUCAAACCCCUGUUUGAAACAGGUCUGAAGCGCCCGAUCGAUGAGACCGAUAUCUACGAGACGCUGUCCACUUAUCAAAGCUCACAGUUGUCGUAUCAGUUUGAAAGCUACUGGAAAGCGGAACAGAAAAGCAGCAAACAACCGAGCUUUCUUCGGGUCAUAUGUCGAAUAUACUGGCGCUCGAUACUUGGCUACGGUGCGAUGUACACUAUCGUAGACCUACUGGCUAGAAUCUUUCAACCGCAGUGUCUUGGUGGAUUGGUAGCGUACUUUGCGCCUGGCCAGCAGGAUAUUAGCAAAGAGGAAGCGUAUUCCUAUGCUGUGGGCAUUAUUUUGUGCUCCCUAGUACCCGUAGCUAUCUUCCAUCAUUUUAUCCUGUACAUAUUUCAAAUUGGUAUGAAGAUUCGGGUCGCAUGCUGUUCGCUGCUGUACAAAAAGGCUUUGCGCAUCACUAAAGCAGCUGGAACGGAUGGUAUGACUGGACAGGUUAUCAAUUUGAUGUCCAAUGAUGUGGCCAAAUUCGACACGGCGACUGGCUUUGUGCACGAUAUCUGGAAAGGUUUAAUUGAGUUGGUAGUGCUAGGUUUUUUCAUUUACAAACAGAUUGGCAUAUCGGGCCUGUUCGGGAUUGCGUUUUUACUUAGUUUCAUUCCCCUGCAAGCAUGGCUUGGCAAGAAGGCGGCAAUUUAUCGCCUGAAGACGGCCAACAGAACCGACCGCAGAAUACAGUUUAUGAACGAAAUCAUACAGGGAAUUCAAGUGAUUAAGAUGUACGCCUGGGAGGACAGUUUCAGCCGAAUGGUGGACCGCAUCCGGCGGAAGGAGGUGAACGGGAUACGGGGAACUCUAUUCAUACGUGCUGGGCUGCUAUCGUUUAAUCUCGUUUCACGAGUGGCCAUCUUUCUAAGCUUAGUCGCGUACGUCCUGUACGGAAACGUAUUCACCGCAAAGAAGGUGUUCAUCGUGACCUCCUACUUUAACUGGCUAUACAGUUCGAUGCUACAUUUUUGGCCGCUGGCACUCACAUCCGUUCACGAAGGGCUUGUAUCGAUAAGGCGUAUACAGGACUUUCUACUGCUGGAGGAGCGAAAGUAUGCACCGGACCGUACCAGCGUCUUAGGUGGCCAAGGAAGCAGUACUGUUCAUGAGACGCCGGUGGACGAGAGUGCUCGCGGGCUGCUGAAUACUUCAAAUGGCUAUGAGGUAAACAAGGUGGUAGCCGCAGCACCGGAAGGACACGCUGGCAGUAUUCGCAAAAUGGCACCUAAAAGCAAGCGUGUCAUUAACAGAAAAGCUGUGGCACGGCAAGGGAUUUUUAUGCGUAACGCUACAGCACUUUGGGAUAAGGAUUUGCUAGCUUCCGCCGAGGAUAUUACAGUACGAGCUGGCGGUAUAAAACACGUAACGCUAACAGUAGACAAAACAGAACCGUGCGCAAUCGUGGGCUCCGUUGGCAGUGGCAAAUCGACUAUGCUCCAGGUUAUUCUCGGGGAGCUGGAAUUAGACGAAGGCCGGUUGGAAAUCAAUGGCAAUCUCAGCUAUGCGUCACAGGAGCCUUGGCUGUUUGAGGGAACGGUCAAAAACAACAUCGUCUUUACCGAGGACUACCAGGAAAAGCGCUACCGAGAGGUGGUAUCGGUGUGUGCUUUAGAGCGCGAUUUCCAACUUCUUCCAAACGGGGACCAAACCAUCGUCGGCGAGCGCGGAAUUAGUUUGAGUGGUGGGCAACGCGCUCGUAUCGGUUUAGCAAGAGCUAUCUAUCGGCGUGCGGACAUCUAUCUACUCGAUGAUCCGCUGUCCGCCGUCGACACGCAUGUGGGAAAGCACAUUUUCGAGGAGUGUAUUAGGAAAUUUUUGAAGGAAAAAGUUUGCGUGUUAGUAACGCACCAGCUCCAAUACUUAAAGGACAUGAAGCAUGUCGUGCUAAUGAACUCGGGAGAGGUAGAGGCGCAGGGACCAUUCCACACGCUGGCUGAAUCGGGCCAUUUUACCACGCUGCAGCAACCGCACCACGAGGGCGAUAGACAGAGACAGAAGGAAAAUAACGCAUCGUCUGCAGUGCCGUCGGCGGAAGGACAGCACACUGCCGAUUCCGCGCAAUUUCGCAGCACCCUGGACACGGAUAGCAGCCAGACACAAAAAGUCGAUAGUGUCGCGAACAAUGGGAUUGAAUACGAUUCCAUCGUCAACAUUGACAUCAACAGUAAAGCUGAGACGCAUAAAAUGACGGAACGCAGACUCUCGAUUCUUCCCACACCAGCCCAACAGCAACUGGCGCAUCAACAGCAUCAGUCACUUUACCAGCCGUCGCCAUUUUCGUCCAGUAGCAUGGUCUUUGAUGGGUACGAUGACAGCGACGAAAAUGGGGGAGCAAAACAAAGAACAAACCCUUCUCAGAAUGGUACUUCGAAGGGCGACCCAAAUCACCUUCAUAAAGAAUCACAACUGACCGGGCGUAUCGGGUGGCGAGUGUACAAGAGCUUCUUUGCUGCAGUGGAAAGCAACUUGCUGCUGCUAAUGGCUGCUGUUCUGUUCUUGUUGGCGCAGGCUAGCAUGAGUGGUAUCGAUUACUACAUCUCCCAGUGGGUAAACUGGGAAGAAUACUCAAGCGCUCUUGAGAGACUGAGAAGCAAUAUAACGGAACUAGGAACGGACGGAUCGGACGGUACCAGCAGCAGUAACAGCAGUGAAGCUUUACUGUCGAUUCCGCCGAAACUGGAAGGAAGCAUCUUCACGCAACUGUCCCGCGACGAGUACAUCCUGAUGUAUGCCGUAGCGAUGCUGUUUAUGUUUGCACUAUCCUUGAGUCGAUCCUUUCUGUUUUUCUACAUCUGUCUGCGUGCCACAGUUCGGUUGCACGAUCGUCUGUUUCGCGGUAUCACACGCGCCACAAUGUACUUCUUCAACACCAAUCCGUCGGGACGCAUACUGAACAGAUUUUCGCGGGACAUUGGUUGCAUCGAUACCUUCCUUCCCUUCGCCAUGAUGGACUGCAUUUUGUUUUUUGUGGAGUUUUCCGCAAUCAUAGUGCUGGUGGCAGUGGUGAACUACUGGCUAUUGUUUCCAACACUGGUGAUGGCCAUUAUUUUCUACUUUUUGCGUCAUGUAUACACGAACACAGCGCGUAGCAUCAAACGCGUCGAAGCGUCCACGAGGAGCCCCAUUUUCUCCCAUGCAAAUGCAUCUUUCCAAGGACUCAGCACCAUCCGUGCCUUUGGAGUGGAAAAAAUACUGGCAGAUGAGUUUGAUAAACAUCAAGACCUAAACACGUCGGCAUGGUACCUUUUUCUGGCAACAACGCGCGCAUUCGCCCAAUGGUUGGAAAUGGUGUGUGUGUUGUAUAUUGCAGUGGUAACCCUUAGCUUCCUGAUGGUGGAAGAUUCAAUGAGCGGUAAUGUAGGCUUGGCCAUCACGCAAGUGUUCAAUCUAAUCUUCAUGUGCCAGUGGGGCAUGCGACAAACGGCCGAGUUGGAAAAUCAAAUGACAUCCGUCGAGCGUGUCGUAGAGUACGCCGAGGUCGACCCAGAGCCAUCACUGGUGUCAAUCGGUAAACACAAACCACCAGCCGACUGGCCGACCAAGGGUGCCAUACGAUUCGAGCAUUUUUCGUUACGUUACUCGGCCCAAUCAAAUUCGGUUCUGCGAGACCUCAAUAUGUCAAUAAACGCGGGCGAAAAGAUAGGCAUCGUCGGAAGGACGGGCGCAGGGAAAUCGUCCAUCAUCCAGGCCCUGUUUCGAUUGGCGGUUAACGAAGGAAUAAUACGCAUCGACGGCGUGGACAUUGGCACACUCGGAUUGCACGAUCUGCGCAAGCGGAUUUCAAUUAUUCCACAAGAUCCGAUUCUGUUUUCCGGAACGUUGCGGGCGAAUUUAGACCCCUUCAAGCAGCACAGCGAUGAGGCACUUUGGAAUGCGCUACAAUACGUGGAACUGAAGGAGGUCGUUUCAGCGAUGGAAGGAAAAUUGGACGGUAAAAUGGCGGACGGUGGUACCAACUUUAGCAUGGGACAACGGCAACUCGUGUGUUUAGCGCGAGCUAUUCUUCGCAACAAUCCCAUCCUGAUUCUGGAUGAAGCCACUGCCAACGUCGAUCCUGAAACUGAUAAUCUCAUUCAAAAAACCAUUCGAGAGCAAUUUGAACGAUGUACUGUUUUAACAAUAGCGCAUCGCUUACACACUGUCAUGGAUAGUGAUCGGGUGUUGGUAAUGGACGCAGGUAAAGCCAUCGAGUUGGCGCAUCCUUACGAACUGCUGCAACGAACGGACGGUGCUCUGAAGCGGUUAGUUGACGGAAUGGAGGAAUCUACAGCGCAACAGCUCACUGGUAUAGCUUAUCAAGCUUACGGAAAACGAUUGACGCAACCGAGCAGCACUCCAAAUGGUUCCAACCGUGCGAAAAUGGUUUGAUGCCAGCGAAAAUACAACGGAUGGCGAUAAUGUUAAUGAUGGUGGAUGAGGGUCAAUGGGGUCCCUCCUCACAUGUCGAUUAACCAGUUUACCUCACUAGCAUGUACUAAACGAAACCAGGCAGGCUUAUCAAACAAUAAAAGAAUAUCAAGUCUUUGUCAAUUUUGGCACGUUUUUUA